CUUAAAGGACAUGAACUUUACUUUGAACAAGAGUUCAGGGAUGCAGUUCAUCUCCGCUAUGAUUGGCAUAUAGCUGACACGCCCUCUACUUGUGUGUGAGAUACUUUUACGGUGGAUCACGCCAUGGUAUGUAGACGAGGAGGAUUUAUCAUCCAGAGGCAUAACGAGCUGCGUGACCUUGAGGCGGACAUGCUAAACAUGGUUUGUCAUGAUGUACAAGUGGAACCCGUGCUACAGGCGUUGACAGGAGAAGUAUCGACGAGAGGUACCAACCGAGCACCAGAUGCCCGACUGGAUGUUCAUGCGCGUGGGUUUUGGGAUAGGCAGGGCUCUGCCUUUUUUGAUGUAAGGGUUUGUCACCCCAACGCAGAGUCCUACAAAGAUCUCAGUAUCCAACAGAUCUACCGUCAGCACGAAAACGAGAAAAAGAGACUACAGCAAUAGGGUUCUAAAAGUAGAGCAGGGUGUUUACCACCACUGGCGGCAUGGCCGACGAGUGUCUACGGUAUCAUAGUAGACUAGCGGAGCUUGUAUCACUCAAGGUGUUUACCACCACUGGCGGCAUGGCUGACGAGUGUCUACGGUAUCAUAGUAGACUAGCGGAGCUUGUAUCACUCAAGGUGUUUACCACCACUGGCGGCAUGGCUGACGAGUGUCUACGGUAUCAUAGUAGACUAGCGGAGCUUGUAUCACUCAAGGUGUUUACCACCACUGGCGGCAUGGCCGACGAGUGUCUACGGUAUCAUAGUAGACUAGCCGAUCUUGUAUCACUCAAGGUGUUUACCACCACUGGCGGCAUGGCUGACGAGUGUCUACGGUAUCAUAGUAGACUAGCGGAGCUUGUAUCACUCAAGGUGUUUACCACCACUGGCGGCAUGGCCGACGAGUGUCUACUGUAUCAUAGUAGACUAGCGGAGCUUGUAUCACUCAAGGUGUUUACCACCACUGGCGGCAUGGCUGACGAGUGUCUACGGUAUCAUAGUAGACUAGCGGAGCUUGUAUCACUCAAGGUGUUUACCACCACUGGCGGCAUGGCUGACGAGUGUCUACGGUAUCAUAGUAGACUAGCGGAGCUUGUAUCACUCAAGGUGUUUACCACCACUGGCGGCAUGGCUGACGAGUGUCUACGGGAUCAUAGUAGACUAGCGGAGCUUGUAUCACUCAAGGUGUUUACCACCACUGGCGGCAUGGCUGACGAGUGUCUACGGGAUCAUAGUAGACUAGCGGAGCUUGUAUCACUCAAGGGUUUACCACCACUGGCGGCAUGGCUGACGAGUGUCUACGGGAUCAUAGUAGACUAGCGGAGCUUGUAUCACUCAAGGGUUUACCACCACUGGCGGCAUGGCUAACGAGUGUCUACGGUAUCAUAGUAGACUAGCGGAGCUUGUAUCACUCAAGGUGUUUACCACCACUGGCGGCAUGGCUGACGAGUGUCUACGGUAUCAUAGUAGACUAGCGGAGCUUGUAUCACUCAAGGUGUUUACCACCACUGGCGGCAUGGCCGACGAGUGUCUACGGUAUCAUAGUAGACUAGCAGAGCUUGUAUCACUCAAGGUGUUUACCACCACUGGCGGCAUGGCUGACGAGUGUCUACGGUAUCAUAGUAGACUAGCGGAGCUUGUAUCACUCAAGGGUUUACCACCACUGGCAGCAUGGCUGACGAGUGUCUACGGUAUCAUAGUAGACUAGCGGAGCUUGUAUCACUCAAGGUGUUUACCACCACUGGCGGCAUGGCUGACGAGUGUCUACGGUAUCAUAGUAGACUAGCGGAGCUUGUAUCACUCAAGGUGUUUACCACCACUGGCGGUAUGGCUGACGAGUGUCUACGGUAUCAUAGUAGACUAGCGGAGCUUGUAUCACUCAAGGGUUUACCACCACUGGCGGCAUGGCUGACGAGUGUCUACGGUAUCAUAGUAGACUAGCGGAGCUUGUAUCACUCAAGGUGUUUACCACCACUGGCGGCAUGGCUGACGAGUGUCUACGGUAUCAUAGUAGACUAGCGGAGCUUGUAUCACUCAAGAAAGGAGAGAACUACAGCACAGCAAUCUCGUGGAUACGUUCUAAAGUGUCCUUCGCUUUAUUAAGGGCCGCUCUGCUUUGUUUAAGAGGAUCACGCACUACAGGGCGCCGUGUUCCUUUGGACUUGGAACAGCGAGACUUUGAAAUC